AUGUUGAACUACUCAAGAAGACCUAUAGUCACGACAAUUUCGCUAAUCUCUAUAAUAUGUGUCAUUUAUUUCAUGUCAUCAUCCUCAAAAAAUUUGGAAUCUUCGUUGGGAAAAGUGAGGUCACCAAUAAAUUUGAAUUCCGAUACUUUACAAUCUAACUUGGACACAUUAUUGCAGAGGCAGUCUGGCGAGGUGGGUAGUAAUGUGCAGAAACCUUUGGAAGAACCAGGAAGUAAAGUGGAGAAGCAGAGCCAGCAGAACCAGCAGAACCAGCAGGCACAAGUUGAUUCCGAUGAGGGGGUUGACGUUGCCCAAGCAUUUAUGCCGAAAAUGGCCAAUGAAACGUUGAAAGCUGAACUAGGCCGUGCUUCAUGGCGUUUGUUCCAUACGAUUCUAGCCAGAUACCCUGAUGAACCAUCAACUCAUGAACGUGCGACAUUAGGCAACUACAUUCAAUUAUUUGCUCAAGUUUAUCCCUGUGGUGAUUGUGCUCGCCAUUUCCAGCAAUUGCUAAGCAAGUACCCGCCUCAGACGAAGUCGCGUAAAACAGCAGCUUUAUGGGGAUGUGAUAUCCACAACAAGGUGAAUGAUCGUUUGGGCAAGCCUCAGUACGAUUGUACAACGAUUCUUGAGGAUUAUGACUGUGGAUGUGGAUCUGAUGAACAAGAAGCUGACUCUACUUUGAAAGGAGAAACCAUUCAGCAUUUGAAAGGAUUGAAGGUAGAGAAGGAAGAGUUGCAAAGAGGUGGUUGA